AUGAAAACACUCUGGAGAAAAUCGAAAAAUUUCCCGGCUAAAUCGGGGACGCGGGAACAACGGCGCGAACCGCUUUUCAAAGGACACCUGUCUCCAACACGGGACGAGGUCGCGAGCGGGGCGUACCGGACCGUCGUUGACAAACGACGUUUCGCGGGGCGAACGGUUCGCGGGCGAAACGGCGACUCCGGCGGACUGUGUCACGAAAACGGAAGGGAUAACGCGGCGUUACGCAAUUAUGCGGACGGUUUGUCGAGCCGAUUGUCGAGGGGCCGUGGUGCAGUUGGCGAAGAAGACGGUCGGGAUGUUCACCCGACCGACAACAUAAAAGUAUCGCGGGGAGUCGGUGGUUACCGUGGGGCCUGA